AUGGCGCAACUACAGCCAAAAAAGCCACAAUCCUUUAGUGGUAUCAAUCAUCUGAAGCUGCCCUGCAACGACAUCCUCGAGACUGGAAGGUUUUACGAAACUAUCUUUCCUAUGACGCGCAUCAUGCAAUACAACCAUUACACGCCAGACCACAAGCUCUUUGCCAUCAUGCUCACGCACGAGCCCACAAAGCUCAUCAUCGAGCUACGCCAUGUGCCUGGACAAGCUGAAGCGCAGAAGGGUUGGGACCCUAUUACAUGGGGCGUGGGUACUCGCGCAGACCUGGAAGAGUGGGGGAUGUGGCUGGAUGGGCAUGCGGUGAAGAGGAGCAAGAUAUUCGCAGGGAUAAAAGGCUGGGUCAUGGCUUGUGAAGACCCUGAUGGAAGGAUUGUGAGGUUGUAUGUGGAAGAUGAAGAUCAUGAGUGGACGGACCACCCUGAUCAGGAUGCAUAUUGGCUUGGAACUAUUGUGGCGAAUCCUACACAGGAGUCCUAA